CACCUCCCCUCGAUCCCCUACACCUCCCCCCCAAGCGGCCCCCUCCGCACCCUCUCCAUCUACCUCCCGCGCCCGCCCUCGCUCUCCAACCCCUCCACCACCCUCUGGCUGCUCUACCUCCACGGCGGCGCCUGGCGCGACCCCUUGCAAUCCAGCUCCAGCAUCCAACCCACCAUCCGCCGCCUCGAAGCCGCACACCCCGAGACACUAUCCGCCCUCGCCGGCAUCGCGAGUAUAAACUACCGCCUCUCGCCAUACCCCAACCAUGCUACCGAUCCAAGCGACCCCGACGAUCCGCAGCGAAACGUCCGGCAUCCCGCGCAUGUGCGCGAUGUAGCGCGCGCGGUGGAGUACUUGAAGCGGGAAUAUGGGAUGCGCAGGUGGAUGGGCGUCGGACACUCGUGCGGCGCGACGAUGUGGCUGCAGGUUGUCGCUGGCAUCGGGCUCCAGGACAAGCACCACCCCCCUCCUUCUCCUUCUCCCGCUUCUACUCCCACUCCAGCCAGCCCCCAAACAGCGGCAAAAACAGAGGGGUUAGAAGCCCUUCUCCUCCUCGCGGGCAUCUACUCGCUCCCGCUGCUGCUCGCAAACCACACCGCGCCGCCCGCGGUGGGAAAAACUUACCGCGACAUUGUCGCUGGGGCCUUCGGCCCCGACUCUGCUUCCACAUCCACGACCGCUCCGAGCGUCUACGCCGUCGCGUCCCCGAUCUCAGGCGCGUACUCCGCGGCCGCGUGGCCGAGCGGUAGACUCGUGGUGCUGGCGCACAGUCCGGAGGAUGAGCUUGUUGAGGAGGAGCAGCGCGAGGUGAUGGCGCGGCGGCUGGGGGAGGAGGGGUGGGAAGAUGGAGAGAAGGGGCAGACGGGGAGGAGGGUGCUGGGUAGGGAGUUGAGGGGCGGGCAUGAUGAGGUGUGGGAGGAGGGGGUGCAGGUUGCGGAGUUGGUUGCGGAGAUUGUGGGGAGGUUG